AUGAUAAAACAACUUGAUAACAUUAAACGACUCUCAAAAAUGAAAGCAUUCUAUCGUAUGAUUUAUGAUAUUUGUGUUGUUACAUUCAUCGUUGUUAUAACUUCUGAACACAUGAUUUCUCAUGACUACACUUUUAGUAGAAUGUGUAGAUUUUGGACAAUGUGGAGUUGUUGGGGAUGUGCUUUCUAUUUCUUUGUUGCUUUUUGUAAACAAAUGACAUUGUUAUUAUUUAAUUUUGAAGUUGAACGUACUAAAAAAAAUAAAAAAAGAAAUAUAGUUAUGGAAGUAUUAGUUGAUUCAACUCAACAAACAGCAUUAGUGUUGUGUCUUUGUGUUAGUAUUAUGUUUUGGAUUUUAUAUUUCAAAUCACCAAGUGCUGUUUUUAGAGUGUCUGAAGAUUGGCAACCUUCAUUAAUGGAACAACUAUUUGUAACUCAUUUUGAACAUUCAUUCCCAUUAUUAUUUUUAUUAGUAGAUUGUUUUGUUUUCAAUCAAGGAAAUAAAAGAGUUCAUGACAAUUACAAAUAUUCUCGUUUUGUUCCAUUAGUUGCUUUCUUGUGUUAUGCUUCAUUAGCUCUUCAUGAUUUCUUUAGAUUUGCUAUUCGACCUUAUCCAUUCAUGGACAAAUGGGGUAUCAUGCCUCUUUUGGCUACUUUAGUUGUUGUUGUAAGCAUUUUAGAUUAUCUUCUUAAUCCUAUUGCUUAUUGUUUUCGUGUCAAAUUUAGAUUAAGAUGA